CGCUUGUAGGAAAGAUGGAGUAUCCGAUGUUGGGUACCGUGGAGACUGCGGAUAGCGGAGGGGCCGGACCAUGCACGAACUCGGAGGAGCGGGAGGGCCGGGAACCGGAGGGGGUGCGAUUCGACCACGAGAGGGCGCGCCGCCUGUGGGAAGCAGUGUCCGGUACCCAGCCGGUGGGGAGGGAGGAAGUGGAACACAUGAUCCAGAAGAACCAGUGUCUCUUCACUAAUACCCAGUGUAAAGUUUGCUGCGCCUUGUUGAUUUCUGAAUCACAGAAGCUGGCACAUUACCAGAGCAAAAAACAUGCCAACAAAGUGAAGAGAUACCUAGCAAUCCAUGGAUUGGAGACAUUAAAGGGGGAAACGAAGAGGCUAGACUCAGAUCAGAAGAGCAGCAGAAGCAAAGACAAGAACCAGUGCUGCCCCAUCUGUAACAUGACCUUUUCCUCCCCUGUUGUGGCCCAGUCGCACUACCUGGGGAAGACCCACGCAAAGAACUUAAAGCUGAAGCAGCAAUCCACUAAGGUGGAAGCUCUGUCGAAACGCCUUACAAAUCCUUUCCUUGUGGCCUCCACCUUAGCCCUUCACCAGAAUAGAGAGACGAUAGACCCAGACAAGUUCUGCAGCCUCUGUCAUGCAACUUUCAAUGACCCCGUCAUGGCUCAACAACAUUAUGUGGGCAAGAAACACAGGAAACAGGAGACCAAGCUCAAACUCAUGGCGCACUAUGGGCGGCUAGCGGAUCCUGCUGUCACUGACUUAUCAGCUGGGAAGGGCUAUCCCUGCAAGACGUGUAAGAUAGUGCUGAACUCCAUAGAACAGUACCAAGCUCACGUCAGCUUCAAACACAAGAACCAGUCACCGAAAACAAUGGUAUCACCCUUGGGCCAGAUUCCAGUACAAAGGCAACCCACUCAGAAAGACUCAAGCACCUUAGAAGACUAGAGUUUCUGUCCAGUACCACACAUUGGACCAGCCAUGAGCCAGCUUCCUGUGACUGUGGUCAGCCCCUGGCUCCCUCUUCCUCCUUUCUUACAGUAGGAGAAUAAGUAGCCCUGAGGCAGAAUUGGGCCACAGAUGGCCUCUGAUACGUCCAGGAGACCCAUACCUGCUCCUCCCUUAGGUAUAGGCCCUAUAGGUCAUGAUGGGGUAGCAGACGUCUUGAGAUGACUUGGGUAGUAGUUUGGAGGAUGACUUUCGCCUUCCUCAACCCUGCUGGGCCAUGUGUCCUGUGGCCCCAGCACCUGCCUUUUCUCUGACGUCAGCUUGGGAUCAGUUCCUACAGCUAAAAAAACAGAGCUCAUCCCUCAGCUCCAGACAUUUCCUAUAGUCUUCAUGCAGAUUUGCCUGGGUAGGAACAGUAGGUGGAAGUGGAUGCCACAUGGGAGCUUAGGGCUGAUGUGGCACUCCCCCUGUCUCCAAAAUUUGCAUGCUCUCUUGAGCCUUUGACCAGAUGCUGGCCAAUUAUACAGGUUUCUGCCAAGUGUGACAUCUCCUUCCUGGAGUACUGACACAGUCCCGGCAGGGCCUUGCUAUCCCUCCUGCCCAUCUCCACAAUUCCUGAAUGGUGCUAAGGAUCUGUAGCAGCUGAGGACAGGCUGAAACCAGAGGAGGCCUCAGUGCCCAGUGAGAUCAUGGAAAGCUCCAAUGGGGACCUUCACCUCCUAUCCAAGGUCCUCCAACCCAGGAUCAUGUGGGAAAGUUCCCACCGCCACCUUCCUUGAGGAUUCUGUGCCCUGAAAGACAAACUGCCUCAUGCCAGCCAGCUUAUAAGUUCACUGCUGCCCUGCAGCACUGUGAAGCCUAUUUCCCCUAUAUAGCGGACCAUCCCACACCAGGCAGCCGUGGUGCUAUAUUCUUCCCUCCUUAUCCACAGGGAGAUCCUUGAGUACCAGGGAGUCAUAGGGGCCCCAGGAAAAGAAAUGGGGAGCUAAUGCAGGUUCUACAGGGAGGAAACAGAUUUUCCCAGGCCUCAAAGCCAGAUUUCUCUAACUCUGCUGUGUUUUGUGUCAUGGGACUUCACUAGGAGUGCAUUUUUUUCUUGUAGCUUUCAAACAAGAAUUCCAGGAAGUGUUACCAUCUGAGGCCCCUCUUCACUGGGUUAAAGAAGCCUCCAGCUGCUUUUGUGGGCCCCUCCCUCACUCCCUAUUCCCUCAGCUAUGAAAUGCCUUUGCGUAUUGUGUGUGUGUGUGUGUGUGUGUGUGUGUGUGUAUGUGUAUGCUUAUGCUUAUGCUCUCUUGGUCACUGAAUUAUUCAAAUAAAGCAUUUCUUCUUUGA